AUGCCAUCAAGCCUCUCUGGUAGAGUGAUAUUGCUCACUGGCGCUGGAAGUGGUAUCGGUCGGGGGACGGCAAUCAAACUCCACGGUCUUGGCGCUAUCUUAGCCAUCACAGACAUCAACGAAGCCGGUAUUGCUGAGACACUUGAGCUAUGUGGUAGUAGCAACACCAACAGCACCAGUCACCAUACCAGUCUUGCCCUCGAUGUGUCCAAGGCGGCCGAUGUGGAGAAGUGCGUUAUGGAUGUUGUAUCUAGAUAUGGACACAUUGACCACGUAUUCAACUGUGCUGGUAUCAACCCGACCUCCAUGCCCCUGACAGAGACGAGCGAGGAUUACUUCGACAAGCUCGUUGGCGUAAACUUGAAGGGCACAUACAACGUAACCAAGGCCACCAUACCGCACAUGACAACCCCUGGUGGCAGCUAUGUGAAUGUCAGUUCCAUAUCUGGGUGGAAUCCUUCUGCGGGGACAGCCAUCUACUGUGCAACCAAGUUCGGCGUCAUUGGAUUCAGCAAGUGCAUGGCUCUGGAAUUGGGACCUAAGGGCCUUCGCGUAAAUGUUGUCGCCCCAGGCUAUAUUGAUACCCCAACCAACGCCGGGAUCGCGAAAGGGACGGCCGAGGCGAGGGGAAGAAUGGAGCAGGGUAAUGCACUCGGUCGAAUGGGCACACCGGACGAUAUUGCGGGUGUUGUGGCGUUCUUAAUGGGUGAUGAAGCCAGAUAUAUGAAUGGGAGUGUUGUUGAAAUCGACGGGAUGCUGAAAACUUGA